CCCUUCAUGAUAUGUUGGUACAUGCUUCGUGUGAUAUGGCGUAUGUCUCCUGUGGCCAUAGUUUUCUACAAGGUGAUGUUGAAGCCAGUAGCAGGCAUGUGAUGGCGAGGCCGGUGUAGUAGGGCAAAGGGAGGAGACAUUGGUAAUACUGUGUUACAGUAACAAGCACAUGUCACGAAGAUCUGGUGUUAAGCCAGCUGUACACACCAAGCAAUGUCAGGGUGACAUGACAACAGCUGUCAUUGAAAUGAUUCUCGUGAGAAUCAGUCAGCCGUGAGACUCAGCCGUCAGCCAAGCUUUCGAACUUUAUGAACAGUUAUCGUCAUGCAACAUCUGGUUGAUGGUGGGGCCUGACACUCAACACGUUGUAUCAGGAGGCUCAAUCCCGCAACCAACGGCCGGUCACUGUCCCAAAUUCCUACUGACUGAACGCCGAGCUUUAGCAUCCGUGUGGAUCACACAUGUGUACCAGGAUGCAUGUUGUUCUACUGUUGUUACCACGUCUUCGUUUCUUGGUUAAUUCCCCACCCAGUUUUUUAGUCUGGAAACACAGCUUGAAUAUCGUGGCACAAGGUCUCAUGGGAAAUGUAUCUUCACUGAUCUGAUGCCCAUUCCUGCCCUGUGAUGUUUUUCAAAGAGUCGGCGGUGAUCCGAAUCGAGGUCAGCAUGGGCAGCCCGGACACAACGUCUCACAGCCCAGAUGCAUCUUCCAUUUGAGGUGAUGAAGUCACAACCGAACAUCGAUGGCGGCUGGGCGUUGGUGGUCCUGGGGGCGGUGGUUUUCAACCUGACCGUAGUUGGGACUGUCACCGUCUGUCUGGGGAUGUUCCAGGACCAAUUUCUCCAGCAUUACGAUGGCAGCACGGGUUUUAUUAGCUUGGUGUGCUCCCUCUUCAUCAGUCUACAGUCAAUAUUAGGUCCCGUGGCGAGCAUGAUCUGCAACACGUUCAGUAUACGUACCUCAGUGAUGCUGGGAGGCACCCUACUGUCUGUUGGGCUUGUAGCAUCCAGCCUUACCCAAACACUGGUGCAACUACUGGCAUGUUUCGGGAUACUCUCAGGGACUGGGUUCGGUAUUGUCUACACCCCAACUGCAAUAGCUGUUGGUCAUUACUUUAAAGAGAAGAGAGUGCUUGCCAAUGGAAUCGCUUUAGCAUCAGCGGGUAUCGGUAUCCUUUCUGGCCCGCAUCUGAUUGGCUGGUUGAUUGAACAGUUUGGCUGGAGGACUGCCAUGUCCACGCUUGGAUGUGUCACUGCCCAGAUGGUGGUCAUGGGAUCUCUGAUAUUUCCACUUGAAACGACCCCACAGACUAAACAAAAUACGUUUUCGUGUUGCUACCGGAAGAAGUACAUUGCUGCGCAAGAGGAGGAACCGCCAGUGAUAUCUGAAACGUCUUCCUGUCUGUGUUGGAGAAAACGCAGUGGCGAGAGUGCCGUUGAAGAAAAUAGCAAACAAGAGAGUACAUGUUCGCUUUUAAAGAAUAAAAUCCUCUGGAUCUACAGCCUAAACUAUUUCAUGGAAAUGAUGGGCUAUUCCAUUCAGAUUGUCCAUCUGCCAUCCUAUGUGCGUUCGGUUGGAGUACCACAGGCCAAGGUUCCGUCACUGUUCACCGCCUACGGUCUCACGCUCACUGUAGCUCGCUUUCUCGGCGGAGCUGUGUGUAACGACAAAGGCAUUGAUCUACUCAUGGUGUACACAUCGUGUCAAGGCCUUAAAGCCAUAGCAGUGAUAUUCAUGCCUCUAUUUGCUCAUGGAUUUCCUCAACUUGUUCUAUACCAAGUUAUAUAUGGUGUAUACUUCGGAUUUAGUUACAUUUUAUUGACGCCUAUAAUCGUUGAACUGUUUGGAGUUGACAAAUUGGCAACAGUGUUCGGAGUUACCUUGUGUGUUGGUGGUAUGAGUUAUCUGAUUGGUCCAACCAUUGCUGGUGCCCUGUACGACAUCACAUCAUCUUACUCCGCGGGGUUCUACAUUGGUGGCUCCGUGUCUCUCCUAGGCUCCAUGCUCCUGUUCCUAAUCCCCAUCCUGAGGAAAGACACCAAAGUCACUGGGGAGCCAGACAAAAGGGAACGUUUGGUUCCUACAGAGAACAAGGAACCGCUACCUUUUCCCGAGAACAAGGAGAAACUGCUACCACAGGAGGACAAGAAAGCACUGGAGAAGACAUACAUAGAUAGUCCUUGCUGAACUGCUCUCUGAUGCGAAAUUUCCGAAGGAUUGUUUCAAACGAUACCCGGUUGUUGCCAAUUGUUGGAUAACGUCUCGGACUCGGACUUCUUUUGUAUUAUGUAUUUUUACUUCGUUGUAGAUAUUGUACACAAAGAGAAUCACGAAGUAAGUGCAGAAUGCAAUAGUCGCUUUAUGACGAGAACCUCAUAUACCUCAUCGAACAGGCGACCAAACAUGCGACAACCAAGAGUGAACAGCCGGAUAAUGUUUCAAUGGUCAGUACCAAGUUAGAGCAGGCGUUGUUAACAUUUUGCGAACACCUGGUGCCAGUGUUUUUUAUUGAUCGUUCUUAUAGCUCACACCGCUGUUUUAACUGGGAAUCUCAGUGGAUCAUCGAGACUGUGUAUUUUUACCUAUUUGACCUCAUCAUCGGAUGCAAUAGCGGUGAAUUAACGCACCUUGGAUGAAUUUUGCAGCUCACAUAAUCAGGCUAGUUUGUAACUCAUCAACGAUAACGUAUGGUUUUGUGUUAAUCUUUUAGUUUCUACCUUCAUUACGGAUCAUAGUUUACUCCUGUCAAUGCGUUAUAUGGGCGCAAAUCAAAGAGGUCUGAAACAUAACUCAUAAAUAGCUCAUAAAUAGAUGAAACCCUUCAAGUUAUGCGUGCUAAUUAUUAUAAACUUCCAAAA